UUCUUCUUGUUGUCUGGAUUGUGCUUCUUGGUCAGACCCCGCAUCAAGAACAUGCGAUACAUUGCCAAUCUUGUUAAUGCUGACAAAUCGGCUGGCCGAACUCGCAAAUACAAAGUGAUCUUCAGCCCUCAGAAGUUUUAUGCAUGUGAGAUGGUGCUUGAGGAAGAAGGAAUCUAUGGAGAUGUGAGCUGUGAUGAAUGGGCCUUCUCUUUGCUGCCUCUUGAUGUGGAUCUGCUGAGCAUGGAGCUACCAGAAUUUUUCAGGGACUACUUUCUGGAAGGAGAUCAGCGUUGGAUCAACACUGUGGCCCAGGCCUUGCACCUUCUUAGCACUCUCUAUGGACCCUUUCCAAACUGCUAUGGAAUUGGCAGAUGUGCUAAGAUGUCAUAUGAAUUGUGGAGAAAACUGGAAGAGGAGGAAGAUGGUGAAAGCAAGGGUCGAAGGCCAGAAAUUGGACAUAUCUUUCUCUUGGACAGAGACAUGGACUAUGUGACGGCACUUUGCUCUCAAGUUGUUUACGAGGGCCUGGUAGAUGACACCUUCCGCAUCAAGUGUGGCAGUGUCGACUUUGGCCCAGAGGUCACAUCCUCUGACAAGAGCCUGAAGGUGCUGCUCAAUGCUGAGGACAAGGUGUUUAAUGAGAUUCGUAAUGAGCACUUCUCCAACGUCUUUGGCUUCUUGAGCCAGAAGGCCCGGAACUUGCAGGCCCAGUAUGAUCGCCGGAGAGGCAUGGACAUCAAGCAAAUGAAGAACUUCGUGUCCCAGGAGCUCAAGGGCCUGAAACAGGAGCACCGCCUGCUGAGUCUCCAUAUUGGGGCCUGUGAAUCUAUCAUGAAGAAGAAAACUAAGCAGGAUUUCCAGGAGCUAAUCAAGACUGAGCAUGCGCUGCUGGAGGGCUUCAGUGUCCGGGAGAGCACCAGUUACAUUGAGGAGCACAUAGACCGGCAGGUGUCACCCAUAGAAAGCCUUCGCCUCAUGUGCCUUUUGUCCAUCACAGAGAAUGGUUUGAUCUCCAAGGAUUACCGGUCUCUGAAAACACAGUAUCUGCAAAGCUAUGGCCCUGAGCACCUGCUAACCUUCUCCAAUCUACGACGAGCUGGGCUUCUAACAGAGCAGGCCCCUGGGGACACCCUCACAGCAGUGGAGAGUAAAGUGAGCAAGCUGGUGACCGAUAAGGCUGCAGGAAAGAUUACUGAUGCCUUCAGUUCUCUGGCCAAGAGGAGCAACUUUCGUGCCAUUAGCAAAAAGCUGAACUUGAUCCCACGUGUGGAUGGCGAGUAUGAUCUGAAAGUGCCUCGAGACAUGGCUUACGUUUUCAGUGGUGCUUAUGUGCCUCUGAGCUGCCGGCUCAUAGAACAGGUGCUAGAGCGACGAAGCUGGCAAGGCCUUGAUGAGGUGGUCCGGCUGCUCAACUGCAGUGACUUUGCAUUCACAGACAUGAUCAAGGAAGACAAGGCUUCCAGCGAGUCCCUGCGCCUCAUCUUGGUGGUAUUCCUGGGUGGUUGCACAUUCUCUGAGAUCUCAGCCCUCCGGUUCCUGGGCAGAGAGAAAGGGUACAGGUUCAUUUUUCUGACGACAGCAGUUACAAACAGUGCUCGCCUCAUGGAGGCUAUGAGUGAAGUGAAAGCCUGAAGUUUCCCUGCCAGUGUUGAACUCUUCUCUGGACACGCUCCUCAGUGGGAGGCAGGGGUCUGGCGCCCAGCUGCUACCACAGUGUCCACCAACUAGCGGCCUGCUAAGAGCUGGGACCACAGAACUCACUGGGAUUUAGAGAACAUAUCUGAUAAAAGUGUUUACUUCCUGCCCCCAGGAUAUUUCUCUUUUUGUGUUUAUAAAGUGCAGCCAAGAUGUGAAGAGGAAGAGGUAUCCUUUGCUAAACCCUGUUUGAAUAACAUUAUAAAUAAAGCCUCUACUUUUGGAUGUAA